GCCUGCGGCCGGAGGACCCCGGCCGCGGACCCCGGCCAGAGACGCAAGAUGGCGGCGGCUGAGUGACUGACUGACCGAGCAUCCCCACGGCUUCGCUCCGAGAACGCGCCGACGCACUGGCUUUGGGGGGCAGCGAGAGGACGAGAGCGGGACUCUGAUGUCGUUUGUUGUGAUUGCGUGAAUCUUGCUUCCCGCGGGCAUAUUGGGGGAGAGUGUCUGCUGUUGUCCUAAGUCCUUGAGCAAGGGAGCCAUAGUCGAAUCCGUAUUCCUAGCGUUAGGGUCCUUGAUAGUUGGGAAAAUGGCGGUGACACUGUUGGAAGACUGGUGCAGGGGAAUGGAUGUGAACUCCCAGAGAGCCCUGCUGGUCUGGGGGAUCCCAGUGAACUGUGAUGAGGCUGAAAUCGAAGAGACCCUCCAGGCUGCGAUGCCCCAGGUGCCCUAUCGAGUGCUUGGGAGAAUGUUCUGGAGGGAAGAGAAUGCGAAAGCAGCCUUGUUAGAGCUCACUGGCGCUGUCGAUUACGCCGCGAUCCCCAGGGAGAUGCCGGGUAAAGGAGGGGUCUGGAAAGUAGUCUUUAAGCCCCCGACUUCCGAUGCUGAAUUUUUAGAAAGGCUGCAUCUCUUCCUAGCAAGAGAGGGGUGGACCGUGCAAGAUGUUGCCCGUGUCCUUGGGUUUCAGAACCCCGCUCAGGCCCCAGGCCCAGAUAUGCCAGCGGAGAUGCUGAAUUAUAUUUUGGAUAAUGUUAUUCAGCCUCUUGUUGAGUCCAUAUGGUACAAGAAGCUGACGCUGUUCUCAGGGAGGGACAUCCCGGGGCCUGGGGAGGAAACCUUUGAUCCUUGGCUGGAGCACACUAAUGAGGUUAUAGAGGAGUGGCAGGUGUCUGAUGGCGAAAAGAGGCGGCGGUUGAUGGAGAGUCUUAGAGGCCCCGCCGCUGAUGUCAUCCGCAUCCUCAAGACUAACAAUCCUGCGAUAACCACCACCGAGUGCUUGAAGGCGCUUGAGCAGGUGUUUGGGAGCGUCGAGAGCUCUAGGGAUGCGCAGGUCAGAUUUCUGAACACUUACCAGAACCCGGGAGAAAAGUUAUCUGCUUAUGUCAUUCGUCUGGAGCCUCUGCUGCAGAAGGUGGUGGAGAAGGGGGCCAUAGAUAAAGAUAACGUGAACCAGGCCCGUCUGGAGCAGGUCAUUGCCGGGGCCAACCAUAGUGGGGCCAUCCGAAGGCAGCUGUGGCUGACCGGGGCUGCGGAAGGGCCGGCCCCUAACCUCUUUCAGUUGCUGGUGCAGAUCCGCGAGGAGGAGGCCAAGGAGGAGGAGGAGGAGGCUGAGGCCGCCCUCCUGCAGUUAGGCCUGGAGGGGCACUUCUGAGUCCCAGGAAACCGGGCUUCAGUGCAGACCUGGAUCACAGCUGCUUUCCUUGUCUCUGGGCUGUCUUAUAGGUGUGUCUCUUAGUAGUAAAGACUCAGCCGUGUUCUGUUUUCUGGGGGGGAAGUCAGGUCUGCGUAUUUAUGUAACAUUAGUAAAAUUGUGCAAGCGAACACCCUGAGCUGCUACAAGUGAGUCAUGCUAGCUAUAAUUCCAGGUAAAGGCUUGGACACAAGUGCUCAGUGCAAGCAGUCCUAGUAGCAUCAUCAUCAGUUGUGAAAAACAUGUGAACUUGUGACAGUUCCCAUCGAGGUAAUUAAAUGUGAAAUUGCAUGUUCAGAUGUUUAGCGUAGGGCCUGGCUAACACAAGAAGUGUUAAGUAAAAAUGUGAACUGUUGUUACUAAUAUCGUGAAUAGUUUUCAUGUUCACUGUAAAUUGUUCCUGAUUUAUAUUAAUGGAAAGAAAUGUGAAUUAAUUAGAUAUUAUUCAACUUUAUAGUGCAGAUUUCUUAUUUUUCAUCUUUAAACAUCUGAAUCAGUUUGAUUGAAAAGAUUUCUGAGACUAUAAAAUGGGGUGUUAGAAAAAUACUGCAAUUAUAGAGCUGUGUAAAUCAGAAUUUUUCACUGUUCAAGAUACAGAUAUAAAUUGCAUGAACCAGUUACGGUAUCCAUUCCAUUUCAAACCUUUGUCAUUGAACAGUUCUCCUUGUUCAUACUGAUUCUAAGCAUUCUAAAUUUGAAGUUAUCAAAUACAUGUAUAUGAAUAAAAAUAUUUUAAAAAUUC